CCAACAUCCAGUGCAUACGCUGUGACCAGCGUCGCAAUGACUCCAGAGGCCGUGGUAGAGGGGCCAUAGGGGCCGCGCUGCAGAAAAACCUCUGAAAACGGCCUCAUGAGCGGCGGUCUUUUCCGCACGGAUGGGGGUGCACGUGGCAGCUCGGGGUUGGAUGUGAGUGACCCCGAGAUCGGCAAGGCGUGGGAGCGCGUGUGCCAGGGAGAAGAGGAGUGGAUGCUGCUGGAGUAUGAAGGCAAAAGCAAGCUCAAGGUGAAAGCCACAGGCACCGGUGACCUGCCCCUCUCGGACGAAGAGAUUGUCUUCGGGGGCCUCCGCAGCCAGACGGGGAAGUUCUUCUGCCUCAUGUGCACCGGUGAACAUGCCAAUGGCCUUGCCAAGGGCCGGGCGGCCGCGCACAAGAACGCGGCCUUCAACGCGUUGGACGGCACCGUGGGUGAAGUCUGUGGCUUGUCGGUCGAGGAGUUCACGAGCAAGCUGAAGGAGCUCAAGGAGCUGGAGCCAAGGUGACCCGAGCUGAGUGCGUGAUAGCCCCUCACACCAUGUAGUUCCAAGAUCCGAACACAGGGUAGGGAGCACAGUGCCGUGAACAGCGCCUCGCGUCAUUUGGAUGCAGGGGCCGAGGAUGAAUAGGGAUUGAGAGAAUCUCUCCCUGGAGGUUUCAAUUAGGGGAACGUUUCAUCCUCCAGCCCACUCCGCCGUGGGCAGGCAAAGCCCCACUCCGGUUGGCACUCGGGUGCGGGGAGCAUAUGUGUCCUUCACCUCGGGGACGUCCGCAAAGAACAGGCACCUUUUGCGCGGAA